AUGGAGCAAUUUGCAAUAAGAACAUUGCUCGCACGCAUUGACGUGUCUGAUACAAUCAACAAUUACGACGCGGCCAUGUCUGCAGAAGCCACUGUCGCUGUAUCGUGUAUAGACCAUCAAAGCGUAGAGAACACUACAUAUUCAGGGGCUGGCUUCGCCGUUAAUGUCACCGUGUUGGAUUAUGGGGACCGAACCGGGAUUCGGAGUGACACUAUGAGUGUUUUUACCUCCGUUACCUCACCGAGAUUGGAUAGUACUUCAUCGGCUACAGGGUCCGCGUCUCUCUCGGUGGGUCAUUGGACACAUUUGGAAGGGAGCUUUAGUGCGGAUUGCGCUAGCGAGAACCGAUACUAUUACGCUCAACGAGAGAUACAAACGUCCGGUGGACUGGGUUAUAAAUGA